CACGCGCCGGGACAAGUUGAGUUAGUGGCAACUCGCGGACGCAUGCGUGCACGAAUCGUAAGUAAGAAAAGCGAAAAGCAGGACUCGGAUGCUGCACGGACUGAGGUUUCUCCGAGGUUUGAGGAGACCGGGCGGUGGUUUUCAGCUCUUAUGUGGCGCACUUUAUUUUUAUUUAUUUAUUUAUUUAUUUAUUAUUUUUUAGUUGUGGUCACAACCAGGGCUCCUGUGUAGUCUGAGCUCACCCUGACGCCUGACCAGCAGAGAUGGACGGAGCCAACGCGCCAUGCGUCGACCCAAACCUCCUGACGGGAUAAACAAACCCUCUCCUCUGCUGCGCGCAGUUUAUUAAACAGCCAAACCUCGUCUUGAACAGCUAAAAUAUUCACAUUUUCCUCCCUCCCAUCCUCCGGAGGGAAACUUUUCCUCUGCUCCCAUCUCYCUCCUCUCUGGGUGACAACUCUGCGGGAUUUCCAUGAAGCGACGCCUCGGGUGAAUCGACUUUUCCGGGGGAUUUUUAUUUAAUUUUUAUUUUGUUGCUCUGGUUCCUGCGGGGGCAUCAUGUGGACGCCGACGGAGGAGGAGAAAAUCGGCGUCGUCGUCUGCAACUUCCGAGGCUCGGUGAGUCAGGGCUUGGCUCUGGAGGUYGGAGAGACGGUCCAGAUUUUGGAAAAAUGUGAAGGAUGGUUCAGAGGAUUCUCAACAAGGAAGCCAAACGUCAAGGGAGUUUUUCCUGCAAGCUACGUUCACUUAAAGAAAGCCAUCGUCACAAACCGCGGGCCUCACGAGACCGUGGUGCCUCUGGAAGAUCCGAUUGUUACUGAGGUGACAUCGACGCUGCAGGAAUGGGCUUUACUGUGGAAGCAGCUCUACGUGAAACACAARGUGGAUCUGUUCUACAAGGUUCGACACGUGAUGAUGGAGCUGAUCGACCUGAGGAGGCAGCUGCUGUCGGGUCACCUGACCCAGGACCAGAGCAGAGACGUCAAACGACACAUCACCGUCAGACUGGACUGGGGCAACGAACACCUGGGUCUGGACCUGGUACCAAGGAAAGAGUUUGAGAUGGUUGAUGAGGAGCAGAUCAGUGUGUCCGAUCUUUAUAAGAUGCACCUGUCCAGCAGACACAGUGUCCAGCAGAGCACCACUCAGGGUGAGAACUCUCGACAGAGACAUGGAGAACCUUGCCGGGUUCCGGUGCCGCACCACCUACUGGUCAAUCUGAAGAGCUUCACCUACAACAGCAUCGGAGAGGACACGGACAUCUUCUUCUCUCUGUAUGACCUGAGGGAGGGAAAGAUGAUCAGUGAGAAGUUUAUGGUGAAACUGAAYAAAAACGGAGGACCAAAGAAUCCGGAGAAGGUGGACAGGCUGUGUGCACUCUUCACGGACCUGAGCAACAAAGACAUGAAGAGGGAUCUCUACAUCGUCUCACAAGUUAUUCGAACAGGUCGGAUGCUGUUGAAUGACAGUAAAAAAGGCCCUCCACACAUUCAGUACCGCCGGCCGUACGGCUGCGCUGUUCUGGCCAUGAGCGACGUCCUGCAGAUCAUCUCUGAGCUCAAAGAGGAGAAAGACUUUGUUCUUAAAGUUUACACGCCUGAUCAUCUCCCUGCAGCUGCUCAGAGGURACACGGAGCAGGUCCGCAGAGAAAACCCACUCGUUUUCAGCAGGGGGGUGGCCAUCACGCGCAAAUUGGGAUUCCCAGACGUCAUCAUGCCAGGCGACAUCCGUAACGACCUGUACCUGACUCUGGAGCGAGGGGAUUUCGAGCGAGGCGGGAAGAGCGUUCAGAAAAACAUCGAGGUGACCAUGUACGUGCUCUACGCCGACGGAGAAAUCCUGAAGGACUGCAUCAGUCUGGGUUCUGGUGAGCCCAACAUCCCCGAGUACCGCUCCUUCGUGCUSUACCACAACAACAGCCCUCGCUGGAGUGAAGUGAUCAAACUACCGAUUCCCAUCGAUCGUUUCAGAGGAUCCCACCUUCGCUUCGAGUUCAGGCAUUGCUCAACUAAAGACAAAGGAGAGAAAAAGCUGUUUGGUUUUUCCUUCACUCCGCUGAUGAGGGAAGAUGGAACGACUUUAUCUGAUGAAAGUCAUGAGCUCUAUGUCUACAAGUGCGAYGAGAACACGACGUUCAGUAACCACGCCCUCUACCUGGGCCUGCCCUGCUGUAAGGAUGACUUCAACAGCUGCCCCAACAUCCCCUCCAGCCUCAUCUUCCAGCGAAGCACCAAGGAGACGUUCUGGAUCUCCACACAGCUUUCCUCCACCAAGCUCACUCAGAACGUGGACCUGCUGGCUCUGCUGAAGUGGAAGGCUCAUCCUGACCGGGUCAUGGACAUCCUCGGGCGUCUUCGACAUGUCAGCGGAGAGGAAAUAGUCAAGUUUCUCCAAGACAUUCUGGACACUUUGUUCUCCAUCUUGGAUGACAACACAGACAAAUAUGGACCCCUCGUGUUCCAGUCUUUGGUUUUCAUCAUCAACCUGCUCAGGGACAGUAAAUAUUACCACUUCAGGCCGGUGAUGGACACAUACAUCCAGAAACAUUUUGCUGGAGCUCUGGCCUAUAAAGAGCUGAUCCGUUGUCUGAAGUGGUACAUGGRCCGCUCGGCCGAGGUGGUCAGACAGGACCACAUCCAGGAAGCCAUGAGGGCCCUGGAGUAUCUGUUUAAGUUCAUCAUCCAGUCCCGGAUCCUGUACUCCCGGGCCACCUGCGGCAUGGAGGAGGAGCAGUUUCGCACCAGCAUCCAGGAGCUCUUUCAAUCCAUCCGCUUCGUCCUGAGCCUGGACAGCCGCAACUCCGAGACCCUCAUCUUCACCCAGGGCUCCCAGCCUUGUCCGGGCUCAAAUCUGGCUCCAUGUCCCAUAAUUGGGCCCGCCACUCCCUUAACACUAAUCUCAGCUCUGGGCCAAACCCAGACCUCGGUCCCGGGACAGGUUCCUAACAGCGGGCCGCUCGGCUGCUCUCAGGCCUCGAGCUCCAACGCUCUGCGGCCGCCGCCUCUGUCAGCGGCUCUGUUGAACUCGUUCCCGGCCAUCUUUGACGAGCUGCUGCAGAUGUUCACGGUUCAGGAGGUGGCAGAGUUCGUGCGCGGYACUCUGGGCAGCAUGCCAUCUACAGUCCACAUCGGCCAGUCCAUGGACGUGGUCAAGCUGCAGUCCAUCGCUCGAACCGUGGACAGCAGGCUCUUCUCCUUCCCUGAGUCUCGGAGGAUCCUGCUCCCGGUGGUCCUGCAUCACAUCCAUCUCCAUCUGAGGCAACAGAAAGAGCUGCUGAUCUGCUCAGGAAUACUCAGCUCCAUAUUUUCCAUCAUCAAGAGCAGCUCACUGGACACGUCGGUGCAGGAAGAGGUGGAGAUGAUGGUGGAGUCCCUGCUGGACGUCCUCCUGCAGACCCUUCUGUCCAUCAUGAGCAAGAGCCAGUCGCAGGAGGCGGUAAGGGGUCAACGCUGUCCGCAGUGCACCGCGGAGAUCACUGGGGAGUACGUCUCCUGCCUCCUGUCGCUCCUCCGUCAGAUGACAGACAUCCACUUUCAACGCCUGAUGGAGAACUUUCAAAGCAAGGAUGAGCUCAAGGAGUUCCUGCUGAAGAUUCUGUGUGUGUUCAGAAAUCUGAUGAAGCUCAGCAUUUUCCCCCGUGACUGGAACAUCAUGCGGCUGCUGACCAGCAACAUCAUCCUGACCACGACYCAGCAGCUCGGCCCCGCUCUGCACAAGAACUUCUCUGAGUCAGACUUUGACUUCAAGGUGUGGAACUCCUACUUCAGCCUGGCUGUUCUUUACAUCAACCAGCCGAGUUUGCAGCUGGAAAACCUGAGUCCUGCCAAGAGGAAGAAGAUCUUAGACAAGUAUGGAGACAUGAGGGUGAAAAUGACUUAUGAGCUUUUUAACAUGUGGCAGAACCUGGGAGAGAAUAAAAUCCAUUUCAUCCCUGGGAUGAUCGGCCCAUUCCUGGGAGUGACACUGGUUCCUCAGGUGGAGGUGAGAAACAUCAUGAUUCCCAUCUUCCACGACAUGAUGGACUGGGAGCAACGCAAGAAUGGAAACUUCAAACAGGUGGAGGCUGAGCUGAUYGACAAGCUGGACAGUUUGGUGUCUGAGGGGAAAGGAGAUGAGAACUACAGGGAGCUCUUUGGUUUGCUAACCCAGCUGUUUGGGCCGUAUCCCAGUCUUCUGGAGAAGAUUGAGCAGGAGACGUGGAGAGAAACAGGAAUCUCUUUUGUUACAUCUGUCACUCGUCUGAUGGAGCGGCUGCUGGACUACAGAGACUGUAUGAAGGGAGACGAGACAGAAAACAAGAAGAUCGGCUGCACCGUUAACCUCCUGAACUUCUACAAGUCAGAGAUCAACAAAGAGGAGAUGUACAUCCGUUACAUCCACAAACUGUGUGACAUGCACCUGCAGGCGGAGAACUACACAGAGGCUGCCUUCACCCUGCUGCUGUACUGGGAGCUGCUGCACUGGGACGAGCGGCCCGUUAAAGAGUUCCUGCAUUAUCCUGCUCAGACCGAGUGGCACCGAAAGGAGGGUCUGUGCCGCAAAGUCAUCCACUACUUCAACAAGGGAAAGUGCUGGGAGUACGGCAUCCCUCUCUGCAGAGAACUGGCCUUUCAGUAUGAAUCUCAGUACGACUAUCAGAGCCUCAGCUGGAUCCGGAAAAUGGAAGCAGCGUAUUACGACAACAUCAUGGAGCAGCAGCGUCUGGAGCCGGAGUUCUUCAGGGUGGGGUUCUACGGCAGGAAGUUCCCCUUCUUCCUCCGAAACAAGGAGUUUGUCUGUCGGGGCCACGAUUAUGAAAGGUUAGAAGCGUUCCAGCAAAGGAUGCUGGGAGAAUUUCCACAAGCCAUCGCGAUGCAGCACCCGAAUCAGCCUGACGAGGCCAUCCUGCAGUGUGAUGCUCAGUACCUGCAGAUCUACGCCGUGACCCCGGUCCCUGAGAGCGUCAGCGUCCUUCAGAUGGACCGGGUCCCCGAUCGCAUYAAGAGCUUCUAUCGGGUCAACAACGUGCGGCGCUUCCGCUAYGACCGGCCGUUUCACAAAGGACCCAAAGACAGAGACAACGAGUUCAAGGUGGAGGUGAGUCCGUUAGAAAACGCCGUCUCUGUGGUGGAGAACAAGAACCAGGAGCUGCGGACCCUGAUCAGCCAGUACCAACACAAACAGCUGCACGGAAACAUCAACCUGCUCAGCAUGACGCUGAACGGAGUCAUCGACGCCGCCGUCAACGGAGGCAUCGCCAGAUACCAAGAGGCUUUCUUUGAUAAGGAGUACAUCACCAGCCACCCUGAAGACACGGACAAGAUCACUCAGCUCAAAGACCUGAUGCAGGAGCAGGUUCACAUCUUGGGAGUGGGKCUAGCCGUGCACGAGAAGCUGGUGCACCCAGAAAUGCGUCCCCUGCACAAGAAGUUGAUAGAUCAGUUCCAAAUGAUGAGGAGCAGCCUCUGCCAUGGUCCACCUGGUUUCGACAAGUCUGGUUCUGGAGCCAACGCCCCCCGAGGGAUCCUGGCCUCCCACARCCCCAUGAGCCCCGAAGGCUUUAAACUUAUGCACCGACACAGUCCCAUUGCUGUUUUGACUCCAGUUCGCAUUUCCUCCCCUUCUCUUUCCUCUCAAACCUCCAGUGAGGCUGGAAACCUGCUGAUCCUGGCUGAUGGGAUGGUGGUGGAGCACCCCGAGGACUUCUACCGCAUGCAGGCAAGCCCCUCCUCCUCCAGCCUCAGCUCCACCCACUCUGCACCCCCUCAGAUGAUAAACUCCACCCCCUCGACCAUGAGAGUGGGCUCUCCCUCUCUGCCCGACAAAUACAGACACAACCGAGAAAUGCUGAUGCUGCUGCCGCCGCACAGAGAGAGGCCGAGCAGCGCCAUGUACUCCAACAUCACUGAGAACGGACAGCUGCCAAACUUCCAGCGAGCCUUGUUCCACCAGGUGAUCGGUCCCUGUAAACCCUGCAGCGACCCCAACCUGUCCGUGGCAGAGAAAGUCCUCACCACUCCCAGCAGCUGGAGUUUGGACAGCGGAACCAGGGAGGCUCUGCCGUUCCUCGCAGCUCAUGUCGGCAGCGUCAUGGCUCCGCCGGUCCCUCCCCGGAACCUGCCUCAUGAGUCUCCCCUGCACCCUAUACCUGCCUCGCCCACCAGUCCUCAGUCCGUCCUGGAUGGCAGUAACUCCACGCUGUCCGGCAGCGCCAGCUCUGGGGUCUCCUCCCUCAGCGAGAGUAACUUCGGCUGCCCCACCUCCUCCUCGGACCCCCCAGCCAGCCGGACCGACACUCUGGAGUCCGUCCCCAGCAGCCAGGCCUGGACCACCGACCAGGAGGACCUGGACUCUCCGUACCAGCCCGUCAGGUACAGCAUGUCCGAGCCAGAUGUCUUGGAGGGAGUCAAACCCCCGCCCUGCCGCAGCCACUCCGCCCCCGGAGGGGUCAACCCAGCGCAGGUGGGCUGUCAGGUCCAGGCUCCGGUUCUGAGCAGUGCUGGAGGCCCACAGCCCCAGCUGGAGGGUCUGCAGCAGCAGCAGCAUCUCUUCUACCACCACCACUUCCACCCGCACUACAUCCCCCACAAUCCCCCUCUCUACCACCUCCACGAGCCCCCUCCAGUCCUGCCCCCCAAACCCUACCUCAGAGAGGGCUGUAUCCCUGAGGAGGAUCCCCUGGUCACCCAGUCCGGACCUCCGGCCCCUCCUGCUCCUCGACCCAUGCCGAGGAAGAUCUCCCAGCCCAUAAUCGCUGCGACCAAGGAGGAGCAGGCCAAGGUGGCGUGGGAGCACGGCAUCAGUGAGGAGUGAGAUGUUAAAGAUAAAAUAAACUUUCUGAGGAGAAACUGAGAAAGAAAGAGAAACUAAAUCAUGAAAAACCUUCAGAUUCUGUCCUGCAGGAACCAACAGAGACAUUAAAGCUCCAUUUUUCUCUCCUCACAUCCUUCAGCAGGACAGCUGACGUCACUKCUUCUGUUCGAACUUCAACUUUUUAUUUCUCGAGUUAAACUCAGAAUCUUGUUUCUAUCUUCAUUAAUACAUUUAUGAACUCUGACACCUCAUAAAACUUUUUUUUAUUUUUCUUCUUACGUAACAUCAUAAACCUACUGAGGGAGGGGUUCUUAUAGUACAAAUAAAUUGCACAAUACAUUUUUGUUGUUACCUCGCUCUGAACAUUUAAAAAAAACGGCACUUUAGUAAAGCAACAGAGCACCAAAACAUUUACUCCUCCCAUAUUUAUAUGAAUAUUAUAAAAAUAAAUAAGAAAACUUAAUGCAGAUCAACUGAUCAGGAUGUAAAGUGGUUUAAUUUAACUGAACCAAACAAAGACGAUUAUUCCCACCACAAAUAUCUCUGAAUGAUGGAUCCACCUGAAACAACAGCCUUGAUGGAACUGAAGUAUUUUUCAUUGAUCAGAUAGUUUAUCAUUUUUAUUUAAUGACUGCAGCUGUGUAGAAAUAUGCAAGAUAAACGGUGUUCUGAGCUGAUUUGCUGCUUGAAGAUGUGCACUCACACUCACACACUGGAGGGUUUUAUGCUGUACAUGUUGAGAUAAUUACACUGAGUUGUAACGAUGCACAGAUGUUUUUUAAGGGUUAAACUUGUCCACAUAUUAUGAUGUGCAGGGAUGAUGUUUAUAGAGAAUAACAAUAGAAAAACAUUUAGCCAUUUUUUAAAAAGAAAGUAAUAAAGUGUAACAAGUGAACAUUUUUAACCAGGGUAAGGUUUUGUAUGCAUGUUUGUUUAAAAGUUGAAAUAGAGACUGUGAAAAACAGGAAGCACUGAAGAAACAAAGUGAACUGUGCACUGAUGUCCUCGUAGUUUAGGAAAAACAUUUGAACUCAACAAGGAUGUUCUUUCUGCAAGAUUUGUGAUAAAUGUGAUGUGAAGGAUACUCUUUUUAUUUUAUUUUGUCUGUUUGUUUUUCUUUUUUUAAGUUAAAAAAGUUUUAACCACCAGCUCAGAUUGUGCUCGCUGUCAUCCUGUAAAACCUUAUUUCACUGGUUUAAAUAAACAGAUGUGAACUGUGAA